AUGGUCUCUGUCAUAGAGGAAGUCUCCAAGGUCCAGAGGAAGACUGGGAACCACCCCAUUGUCAUCCAUGGACUUUACCAAUCCAGUAAUAUCAGCAUUGAUGUGGUAUCUACUAGCGAUGGUUUCUCAUUGAUGAUAAACCUUAGUAACUAUGUAGAAAACGGGAUCUAUCGUAUUAUGACCAAUGUGACUUGGUUGAGAUUUUUGCACUGUAACAAUGGUCUCGGAAGCUCUAACAUGACUGACCAGACAUAUGAUGUGAAUCCAAUGAAUCUAAGCAUUACCGGAUUAGUUCCUAACAGUGAAUACAAUAUGACAGUGGUGGUAAGUAAUGCUCUGGGAAGCAAAACACAGAGUGUUUCUAAUCAGACUCAGCCAGCAGCACCAUCUGCCCCACCACAAGACAUAGUGGCAGUAAACCAGACCCUCUUCACCAUCACCAUCAGUUGGCAGCCUGUUGACUGUGCCCAUCAGAAUGGGAAUAUAACAGGAUAUGAAAUACGAUAUAGGAAAAAAGACGGUGGAAAUACCAAAGCAGUGUCGGACAGAGUCAUAAUGGGUGCAGAUUAUACCCUAAUAGACUUGCAGCCAUCAACUGCAUACUUGAUUCAAGUGGCAGCAAACAACACAGUUGGCAGAGGAGCUUUUGGAAACAUAUCAGCAUCAACAUUGCUAUUUGAAGUUCACGUGAUAUCAACAACAUCAACUUCGAUUAGCAUAUCAUGGCCAGAAGUUGACUAUGAAGUCCUAAUCACAUGGAUCAGCACUCCAUCAAGCCAUUGUACACAAAAUAUCGAUCAAAGUUUAAAGAACGAUUCUGUGAAUGGGAAAUCCUCUUAUGUGAUAGAUGGUCUGAAAGUAUUCACCGAGUAUAACAUCACACUUUGCAUAAAUGGCUCUAUCUGUACUUUCAAGGCUGUAGUGACUAAUGCAACUGGUAUGUUCAUUUCAUAAUCUUGUACGAUUCUUAAAAAUUGCCCAUUUUUUCAGCACCAUCUGCAUCUCCAAAAGGAAUGUCAUGGGAAGGAAGUUCAUCGACAACCAUCGCUAUAAAAUGGGGUCCUGUGCCAUGUGCUGAUCGCAAUGGAAAUAUCACUAGUUAUGUGGUGAUGUUCAGAGAAAAUGGGAAGGAAAUGUUCCAUAAUAAAACUACUACUGGAGUUGAUAUGGAGUUCACUAUCACUGGGUUAGAACCAUCGACUGAGUAUGAGAUUAAAGUUGCUGCUUUCACUGUGGCUGUUGGACCGUUCACUAAUGAAAGCUUGUUUGCAAGCACCACAGACUCACCCAACAUUGUAGUGACAACCACUGAAGCAUCUCCUCCUACCACAGCAGACACUAGAGAAGGUGGCAGUAAUGUUGGUGGAGUAGUGGCUGGUGUGAUAGUGUCUGUUCUGUUUUUUAUUGGAGCUACUCUGGGCAUCAUUGCUGCUAUCUGGCUAAUGAGAAGGAAAAAGUCAACUAUGAAGGGUCUUUUCUCAAUGGGUCACUUUAAAGUCACCCGCAAACAAAGCACCUUGCCUCACUCUAGAGAUACACAAGACAUUUCUCUGGAGCAGCUUUCCACUGGAGGGAGUCUGGCAGGUGGAGAGCUAUCCUCUGAGAAAGAUGAAGUCAAAACACACUUUCAGUCUCACUCUGACAGUCCCUCACAACAGCCAGCUACAGUACAAAGCUAUACCCUACCUCUCCUAUCUAGCUGAUGAGGAAGGUAGAGGAAGAGGAGGAGGAGGAAGAGGCUGAUCCUGUCCCCAAGCCUUCAGGUAAGUUUCAUGCGAGACCAGUACCUCUGCCAGUGGCUCUGUUUGGGAGCAAUGUGGAGAAGAAACACACCAACAACAACCAGCCUUUCAUGACUGAGUUUGAGGCACUGGGUGAUGGUGAAGGAAAGACUGUUAU